UCAUUAAUCAUUAUUCUUUUCACAGGAUUCCACACACCUUCCUCGUGUCUGAAUCAGUAUCACGUCAUUACCAACUACAUGAACUGGACUGAUGCCCAGAGUUACUGCAGAGCACAUUACACUGAUCUGGCUACAGUAGAUGACAUGGAGGACCAGAACAGGCUGAUUACCAGUGGUAGUGUUGAUGUUCUGUCCUGGAUUGGAUUGGAGAAGGGAGACUCCAUGAAGUGGCACUGGUCUCUGGCAGGCAGACGUUUCUACAGAGAGGGGGAGACUGAAUUCAGAAACUGGGACACUGGGACACCCCAAAAUGGUAACUGUGCUUUCAUGAGUACAGCUGGGCUGUGGAACAACGCCUCCUGUGAUGACCAGCAUCACUUCAUCUGUUAUGAUGGAAAACAAGACACCAACCUAACAUACGUCUUAGUUCAGGAGAGCAAGACCUGGAUAGAUGCUCAGAGUUACUGCAGACAGCAUCACACAGACCUGGUCAGUGUGAGGAACCAGACUGAGAACACAGAGAUAGAUCAGAAGAUAUCACUGAGGGGACUUCCUGUGUGGAUCGGUCUGUUUCUAGACUCCUGGAUAUGGUCAGACCAGAGUGACUCCUCAUUCAGAAACUGGACAUUAGGAUAUCCUGAUGCUUCAGGACAGAACUGUGUUGCAUUGUUUUUUGAAUCAGUUAAUUAUGCUAAAUGGAUAAUUCAUCCCUGUGACCACAGACAUAAUUUCUUCUGCUAUACUGACCCAGAUGUGAAGACCACUACUGUCCCUCUGCCCACAACCACAACCACAACCACGCCUUCCACCCCAACCACAACCACAACCACGCCUUCCACCCCGACCACAACCACAACCACGCCUUACAACCACGCCUUCCACCCCGACCACAACCACGCCUUCCACCCCGACCACAACCACAACCACGCCUUCCACCCCGACCACAACCACAACCACUACUUCCACCCUGACCACAACCACAACCACGCCUUCCACCCCGACCACAACCACAACCACGCCUUCCACCCUGACCACAACCACAACCACGCCUUCCACCCCAACCACAACCACAACCACGCCUUCCACCCCGACCACAACCACAACCACGCCUUCCACCCCCACCACAACCACGCCUUCCACCCCUACCACAACCACAACCACGCCUUCCACCCCGACAACAACCACGCCUUCCACCCCGACCACAACCACAACCACGCCUUCCACCCCGACCACAACCACAACCACUACUUCCACCCUGACCACAACCACAACCACGCCUUCCACCCCGACCACAACCACGCCUUCCACCCAGACCACAACCACAACCACGCCUUCCACCCCUAUCACAAUCACAACCACGCCUUCCACCCCGACCACAACCACAACCACGCCUUCCACCCCGACCACAACCACGCCAUCCACCCUGUCCACAACCACAACCAUGCCUUCCACCCUGUCCGCAUCCACAACCACGCCUUCCACCCCGACCACAACCACAAGCACGCCUUCCACCCCGACCACAACCACGCCUUCCAGCUCUACCACAACCACAACCACGCCUUCCACCCCGACCACAACCACAACCACUACUUCCACCCUGACCACAAGCACAACCACGCCUUCCACCCCGACCACAACCACAACCACGCCUUCCACCCUGACCACAACCACAAGCACGCCUUCCACCCCGACCACAACCACGCCUUCCACCCUGACCACAACCACAACCAUGCCUUCCACCCCGACCACAACCACAACCACGCCUUCCAGCCCUACCACAACCACAACCACGCCUUCCACCCCGACCACAACCACAACCACUACUUCCACCCUGACCACAACCACAACCAUGCCUUCCACCCCGACCACAACCACAACCACGCCUUCCACCCCGACCACAACCACAACCAUGCCUUCCACCCCGACCACGACCACAACCAUGCCUUCCACCCUGUCCGCAUCCACAACCACGCCUUCCACCCCGACCACAACCACAACCACGGCUUCCACCCCGACCACAACCACAACCACGCCUUCCAACCCGACCACAACCACAACCAUGCCUUCCACCCCGACCACAACCACAACCACGGCUUCCACCCCGACCACAACCACAACCAUGACUACAACCCCGAGAACAACAACAACCACGACUACCCCCUGGAUUAUACACCAGACUGCCUCCCCGACCCCUGAGAAACCUCAACUGAAGAAACAGGUGGUGAGAAUAAAGAUGACCCCAAAUGAUCAAAAUAUGAACCUCAGUGAUCCUGCUGUUCAGGAUGCCAUCUUACAAGAGAUAAGGAACAAGCUGAAGGAGCAGGGGUUACCUGCAGACACCAAAGUGACAUGGAAAAAGCAUCCUGAUGGGAAGGUCUUCCACAAGGAGGAAGAGGGGUCUCCCAAUAAAGAAGAGGAGG